GCGAGGAUGGCCGAGAGGAAGAGGAUAUGGAACACGGAGGACGACCUGCCCGUCUACCUGGCCCGGCCGGGCACCACGGCGCAGACGCCCCGGCAGAAGUACGGCGGCAUGUUCGCCUCGGUCGAGGGCGCCUACGAGAACAAGACCAUCGACUUCGACGCCUACAGCGUGGGCCGCAAGGGCUCGCGCACCCCGCGCAGCGGCAGCCGCCACGACCUGCUCGACGGCGCCGGCGGCGACAGCUACAGCGAGACGGCCAGCGACGUCAGCGAGAUCUCGGGCUCCGUGGUCAGCUCGCCCAGCGGCGACAGGGAGGCCCGGGCGCCCGGCGUGGAGAUCCGCUAUCCUCCCGGCAAGGGGCUGCUGCGGAGCGCCGACAGCGGCAAGAGUGAACGCCUGCUCAUUAAAGGUGGACGGAUUAUUAAUGAUGACCACUCCUUCUAUGCAGAUGUUUACCUGGAAGAUGGGCUGAUAAAACAAAUAGGAGAGAAUUUGAUUGUUCCUGGUGGAGUGAAGACCAUUGAGACUAAUGGGCUUAUGGUUAUUCCUGGAGGCAUCGAUGUCAAUACUUAUCUGCAGAAGCCCUCUCAAGGCAUGAUGGCUAUUGAUGAUUUCUAUCAUGGCACAAAGGCAGCUCUAGGAGGAGGCACAACCAUGAUCAUUGACCAUGUACUUCCCGAACCCAGCUCCAGUCUAUUAACCUCCUUUGAAAAGUGGCAUGAGGCAGCAGACACUAAGUGCUGUUGCGAUUACUCUCUCCAUGUGGAUAUCACCAACUGGUAUGAUGGAAUCAGGGAAGAGCUGGAUAUCCUGGUACAAGAUAAAGGAGUUAAUUCUUUUCAAGUCUACAUGGUCUACAAAGAUCUCUACCAAAUGACUGACAGCCAGCUCUAUGAAGCCUUUACUUUUCUGAAAAGUCUUGGAGCUGUAAUCAUGGUCCAUGCUGAAAAUGGAGAUUUGAUAGCUCAGGAACAAAAGCGUAUGCUGGAGAUGGGCAUCACUGGACCAGAGGGCCAUGCCUUGAGCAGGCCGGAGGAGCUUGAAGCAGAAGCUGUUUUCCGAGCCAUCACCAUAGCUAGUCGCACCAACUGUCCCUUGUAUAUCACCAAGGUCAUGAGCAAGAGUGCAGCCGACAUCAUUUCACUGGCUAGAAAGAAAGGUGCUCUUGUUUUUGGGGAACCAAUCACUGCCAGCCUGGGGACAGAUGGGACACAUUAUUGGAGCAAAAAUUGGGCCAAGGCUGCAGCAUUUGUGACCUCACCGCCUCUGAGCCUGGAUCCUGCAACACCUGAUCAUCUGACCUCACUUUUAGCAUGUGGUGACCUGCAAGUGACUGGAAGUGCCCACUACUAUAGCACAGCCCAGAAAGCGGUUGGAAAGGACAACUUCACUCUGAUUCCAGAAGGAGUAAAUGGAAUUGAAGAAAGAAUGACCGUGGUCUGGGAUAAGUGUGUGUCUUCAGGUAAGAUGGAUGAAAACCAGUUUGUUGCCAUUACUAGUACCAAUGCAGCCAAAAUCUUUAACCUCUAUCCGCGAAAGGGUAGAAUUGCUGUGGGUUCGGAUGCUGACAUUGUGAUCUGGGACCCAGAGAAGGCGAAGACCAUCACAGCCAAAAGCCAUAAGUCGGCUGUUGAAUAUAUAUUUGAAGGCAUGGAAUGUCACGGUGCCCCCCUCAUAGUCAUUAGCCAAGGGAAGAUUGUGUUUGAAGAUGGAAAUCUCCAUGUAAGUAAAGGAAUGGGCCGUUUCAUUCCCCGGAAGCCCUUCCCUGAAUACCUUUAUCAACGCAUCAAAAUUAGGAAUAAGGUAACAGAAUUGCAAGGUGUCUCCAGAGGAAUGUAUGAUGGGCCAGUCUAUGAAGUUCCAGCAACACCAAAAUAUGCAACUCCUGCACCUUCCACUAAAUCAUCUCCUGCCAAAAACCAGCCUCCACCAAUCAGGAACCUCCAUCAAUCUAACUUUAGCUUAUCAGGUGCUCAGGUAGAUGAUAACAACCCACGUCGCACUGGGCAUCGCAUUGUUGCGCCUGGUGGCCGCUCCAAUAUUACUAGUCUUGGAUGAACUCAGAUGGAAACAGAAACCAAGAAUAAAGGCUCAUAGGAACAAUAUUAUUUCCUUUCUAUGUCUGUGUUGUUGAUCCCACACUUUUAUUCGGUAUUGUGUGUGUGUGUGUGUGCGUGUGCGUGUGUGUGUGGAAGGGAAUCUCCUCCUCCUCCCCAAGAAAAGUGAAUAGAAAGAAGUCAUCAUUGUGUAGCGUGUUUGCUUGGAAUAAAUUGCCUCACAAUUGUGCUUUCAUACCUUUGCCACCUUCUAAAGCAUGGUGCUUCCAUUUCUCCAUUAGUGAUGGAUGCUUUUAGCUUUGUCUCGUAAUGACCCGAUAGUUCCUUUGCACCACCCACCCGUUAGCCGUGCUAGAGUAGUUGAUGCAUGUUACAGUUUGUGAGUGAGUCCACUUUAGAAAGAACAUUUUGCCAAUAAUUACCAUGAUGCCAAGGUAAGAAGGAAGACUGGUUGUUUUUAAAAUAUGCAGAAUAGGACAGGAGUCUUUCUUUAAUUGUUAUUUUUUAAUUU